CGGGCUAAGUCACGACUCUCGACGAACUGCACCUUCACCUAACCAUUUGGUCCGUGUCAGUAAAAGAACAACCAUACUAAAGCAAUGGCAUUUUUGAGGUCGCUGACCCCAGCAACUGCCAUAGCCGCUGCCUCUGCUCUGCCCACGGCCUUCUCUUUCUCUUCUUCUUCUUCUUCAUCCUCCUGCAAAUCCUCUCGUCUUCCCAAUACCAAAAGCCUACCUUUCCUCUCUUCACCACCCAAUCGCUUAGGCCUUACAAGGAACUUCACCCCUUCUCCCACUGCUCUUAACAUGGAUUCUCCCCCAUCUUAUCACAACCCAUCUCAGGAAAGCGGGUCCUGCCUGACGUUCUUACUGAGUAUAUGGUGGAUAUGAAGUGUGAAGGUUGUGUUAAUGCGGUCAAGAAUAAGUUACAAACAAUUGAUGGAAUCAAAAGUGUGGAAGCGGACUUGAGCAAUCAAGUGGUGAGAAUACUUGGUUCUUCGCCUGUGAAAACCAUGACCGAAGCGUUCGAGCAGAUUGGUCGAAAUGCUAGAUUAAUAGGCCAAGGCGUGCCGGAAGACAUUUUAGUUUCUGCAGCUGUUGCUGAGUUCAAAGGCCCCAAAAUUUUUGGUGUAGUUCGAUUGGCUCAAGUGAGUAUGGAACUGGCUAGGAUUGAAGCCAAUUUUAGUGGUUUGUCACCAGGAAAACACGGUUGGUCAAUUAAUGAAUUCGGUGAUCUAACAAGAGGUGCUGCCAGUACAGGGAAAGUGUUUAAUCCACCAAAUGGAGGAACUGCUAAAGAGCCGAUUGGCGACCUGGGAACAUUAGAUGUGGAUGAGAAUGGUGAGGCUUUUAAGACUUGUGUCAAACAGCAACUCAGAGUUGGCGAUCUCAUCGGGCGGUCGAUAGCUGUAUAUGAGACUGAAGAUAGAUCAGAUCCAGGUCUGACAGCUGCAGUGAUUGCCCGAAGUGCUGGAGUAGGGGAAAACUACAAGAAGAUAUGUGCAUGUGAUGGCACCACCAUCUGGGAAGCCACUGACAAAGAUUUUGUCACUAGUAAGGUCUGAGGAUUUAUGGAAGUAAGUUAUAUGUACUUGUUUACAUAGUUUCUUGCCGUCUUAAUGACUUAUAAGAACGAUCUGAGAAACAGAGUGAAAAGCUCUACAAUAAAAUUGAUGAUUACUAAGCUUUAUUAUUA